AAAGCCCCUUGUGAGGCAGAUUGACAGGCUAGAAUGAAAAUGAGGCGUACGCUCGGUCACGACUUCAGUGCGUACGCGUCCUUUUGAGCAGACCUCUAAACUUGGAUCAUAUCACCAUGGGAGCUAUUUGGGCUGCAAGGGACUUUUGUUUGUUUUUGCUCUUGUUAAAUAGUCGCCAAAGCGCUGCGCUUCCAGAGAUUCGAGCAGAUCCAUGCGCAGAGGGAAGUGAUGGCUGUCACAUUGAUGCUAUUUGUCAGACUACCCAAGGCUCAUACAAGUGCACGUGUAAAGCAGGCUUUAAAGGAGAUGGAAAACACUGUGAAGACACUGAUGAAUGCGACUUUGAGUACAAUGGUGGCUGUGUACAUGAAUGCAACAAUAUUCCAGGCAAUUACCGCUGCACUUGUUAUGAUGGGUUCAAUUUGGCACAUGAUGGACAUAACUGUCUAGAUGUGGAUGAAUGCAAGUUCAACAAUGGUGGGUGCCAGCAUACUUGUGUUAACACCAUGGGCAGCUAUGAAUGCCGCUGCAAAGAGGGUUUCUUCCUCAGUGACAACCAGCACACAUGCAUCCAUCGAUCUGUGGAGGGCCUCAACUGUAUGAAUAAGGAGCACGGCUGCGCCCACAUCUGCAAAGAGACACCCAAAGGGGGCGUGGCCUGUGAGUGUCGUCCAGGGUUCGAGCUGGCGAGGAACCAGAGAGGCUGCAUCUUGACUUGUAAUCACGGCAAUGGGGGCUGCCAGCACACCUGUGAGGACACAGAGAAUGGGCCGAUAUGCAAGUGUCACCCCAGGUACAGUCUGCAGCCUGACAGGAGGUCCUGUGUAGAACGAGAUGAAGCCACCACUGAGUCCUCGGACCACAACACCACAUCUUUUACGGAGGUGGAUAAACGAGUGAAGCGAAGGCUAUUAAUGGAGACCUGUGCUGUGAACAAUGGGGGGUGUGACUGCACCUGUAAAGACACAUCCACAGGCGUGCGCUGCAGCUGUCCCGUUGGCUUCACCCUGCAGCCUGAUGGGAAAACAUGCAAAGAUAUUGAUGAGUGUGAGCUUCACAAUGGCGGUUGCGAUCACUUCUGCAGGAACACCAUCGGCAGCUUUGAGUGCAACUGCAGGAAGGGCUUCAAGCUGCUGACAGAUGAACGAUCCUGCCAAGAUAUAGAUGAGUGCUUUUUUGAGAGGACCUGUGAUCACACGUGUGUGAACUCCCCUGGUGGUUUUCAGUGUCUGUGCAACAAAGGCUACACCAUGUAUGGACUGGCCCACUGUGGAGAUAUAAAUGAAUGCAGUGUAAACAAUGGCGGUUGUGAGCAGGGUUGUGAGAACACCAUGGGUGGAUUUGAGUGCUUUUGCCACCCUGGCUAUAAGCUACACUGGAACAAAAAGGACUGCAUUGAGGCUGAGGGUUUACCGCCUGCAAACCCCCCCUUUAAACCUACCUUGAACUGUAGCAAACAGGAGGGGGGGGACCGUUGCUUCCUGACAUGCCAGUCACAAGUUCAUAUCAGCAGUGGGACGGAGGAUUCUUACACUGUGACCUGUGGAAUGCCUCUGCCCUGCUUGGCUGACGCACAAAAGGACAACAGUGGCUUGUAUUGCUUAGGUCCAGAAACGCCUGGAGUUCCACGUAUUAGGACCACAGCCACAUUCAAGUCUGGUACUGGGAAGUGUAACUUAAAACGGAGUCAGGACAGGCUGAAGGAGAGCUUGAACUCAGCACAGUCAGAUAGUAGGUUUCUCUUCACUGAAAAUGUCCAGUUCAGCUAUGUGAGCCUGCGCUGCACAUCGUCUGGACAGAGACCUCGCAGCCGCCACGGCAGGAAAGCAGGGGAGGAGGACAGCUCCUCCAUCACAGCUGAGUUUGUGCUGGAUGUGAACCUAGAGGAGGUAACAGCAGAGAGCUGUGACCUGAACUGUGUGCGCCGACGCUCAGAGAAGCGACUCAGAAAGACCAUCAGAACCCUGAGGAAGUCCAUCAACCGGGAACAGUUCCACCUCCACUUUGCCGGGUCAGACUAUGAGCUCGCCAAGAGUCUGGUCCAGCCGGCAGAGCUUCCAGGACACUGCGUGGCAGGACAGGUGCUGGUGAACAGGAAGUGUGUGAGCUGCAGUGCUGGGACGUACUACGAUGGAGAUCAGGGCCGGUGUGUUCUGUGCCCGGCAGGGACCUAUCAGGAUGAGGAGGGACAGAUGUCUUGUGAGGUUUGUCCAGGACCUGAGGGGAGGGAAAUAUCCAAAGUGGUUGGAGCUCGAAACCUCUCAGAGUGUGGAGGUCAGUGUCCCCCAGGACAGUACUCCCAUGACGGUUUCAUCCCUUGCCUGCCAUGUCCUCUGGGAACGUACCAGCCUGAGGUUGGCCGCACCUCCUGCUUCCCCUGUGGAGGCAGCCUGGUCACCAAACGCCCCGGGGCUGUAACCUUUCAGGAGUGUGAAACCAAAGUCCAGUGUUCUCCAGGUCAUUACUAUAACACCAGUACGCAUCGCUGCAUUCGCUGUCCCACGGGAACGUAUCAAGGGGAGUUUGGCCAGAAUUACUGCAUCGCCUGCCCUGGAAAUACCACCACAGACUUCGAUGGCUCCACUAACAUCAUGCAGUGUAAAAACCGGCAGUGUGGAGGAGAACUGGGAGACUUUACAGGAUACAUCGAGUCACCAAACUACCCGGGGAAUUACCCUGCGAACAUCGAAUGCACCUGGACCAUCAACCCACCACCCAAACGCAGGAUCCUGAUAGUUGUCCCAGAGAUCUACUUGCCAAUUGAAGAUGAAUGUGGAGACUAUCUGGUCAUGAGAAAAAGCUCUCUCUCUAACUCUGUGACAACGUAUGAGACUUGUCAAACAUACGAACGACCCAUCGCUUUCACCUCUCGCUCGAAAAGGCUUUGGAUACAGUUCAGAUCCAAUGAGGGAAACAGUGGGAAAGGCUUCCAGGUCCCAUAUGUGACAUAUGACGAGGACUACCAAGAAUUAAUAGAAGACAUCGUCAGAGAUGGAAGACUAUACGCUUCAGAAAAUCAUCAGGAAAUCCUCAAAGACAAGAAACUCAUGAAGGCACUGUUUGAUGUGCUGGCUCACCCUCAAAAUUUCUUCAACUACACCGCACAAGAAUCAAGAGAAAUGUUCCCUAAAUCCUUCAUCCGCUUCCUGCGCUCCAAAGUGCUGAGAUUCCUUCGUCCUUAGGAUGGGCCUGUUGUCACCCAGUGUUUGGAUGUUACAUGACAGGCUUAGAUUAGAUACUGGCCGCAGUAUCUGCUUUUUUCCGACCAGAUUAUGAGUAGUUAUCUUUUUUCACAUGGUCCAAAAACCCGAGUGGAAUGCACACUUGAUAAAACUGAUCCGAAGGAGAAAGCAGACGAGUGAGUGGAUGUCUGACUGGAGCUUUAAGAGGAAGACAAUGAUCAGUGAUGAAGUGGUACAGGGAAUAGACCAGCAUGGGCAUCUCCAGGAAGGAAUUAGGAUCCUCUCUCUGUUUUUGGAAAUUUGGAAAUGGUUUGAUUAGCAACAGAGGAAAUGUGAUGACUUUAUAAUAACAUCUCAGGAUUAAAUUCCAAAGUGCUGCCUGGUUAUGAUUUUUAGUGUCUGGGUGAAACUAAAGAGUGUUCUGUACUUUCGUCUCAUAGUAUUCAAGUAUUUGAAUAUUGCUAAAUACUGUACAUUUCAAUGUUAUUUUGCUAAUAGCACAGCGAUGAGAAACAAAUAUUGUAGCUAAACAGAUAUAUGCUGAAUGUCAGUCAUACUGUAUAUAGAGUGUGUAUCUAGUUUUAACAUAGGCUACUUUCACAGGUAGGGUUGGCAGAAAUACUGCUAAAUGUAAGAGGCAAAUAUAGCACAAAUGUUUUCUUGGGAACAUUAGCACUACUAAGGCAGUAGUGGCACCACAAAAGCAAUUAUUCUGAUGAAUGUUUUGUAUAUGAUGUAAAAAAUUUUAGGUGAAAGACUAAAGUAUUGUAGCGACAAUUUAGCGUAAUCUUCAGCAAUAUAGGAUUACUGCAAGCCCCAACAGCCCUUUUUAUUUGAGGUUAAAGGUGACUGAAUGAGUGCUGAUAAACAUUACCUCCUUCAACAAAGGUUACCUAAUAUUUUUGUAUUGUUGAACAGUAACCAAAGACAACUGCUCAGUCUGCAAACACUUGAGAGCUACAAGAUUAGUGAUACCGAGGUAAAAGGACAGAAUGAAAUGGGAAGUCCUGUAAAAUACAUUUGAACCAUUCACCUUUUUUAGAUAAUACAUGUAUGUAUAUUUUUAUCAUUUUGUACAUCUGUUAUUCUGUAAAUAAAGAUAGGAAACUUA